AUGUUCACGGCAUCGAGGAUUCUGGCUGAAGCUCAGGUCAAGACACCGGCAAAACAGCGCAAAUCCUACAAGAAGGAGAUGGAGGAGAAGGGCGCUGUAGAUCUUGAAGAGAACGACGGAGAGCCUGAGGAGUCUCAGGGCUUUGCCAAGUCAGAGAAGGCAACGGCAGCGCGACAGGUCAACCUGAGCGCAAAGUUGAGUAAAGAAGGAAACUCAAAGGCAGGCGGCAUGGGCGAGAUCUGGCGGCUGAUCAAGAUCGCUAGGCCAGAGAUGGGUACCCUCUCAUGGGCGUUCGUCUUCCUCCUGUUCUCAUCAGCCAUCUCUAUGUCGAUUCCUUUCUCAAUCGGUCGGAUUCUGGAUGCUGCUACCCAAGCCGAGAAGACCGACGGUCUUCUGUUUGGCAUGGACAUGACAACGUUCUACAUUGCGUUGGCUUCAGUACUCUGCGCGGGUGCUGCGGCCAAUUUCGGUCGUAUCGUCAUUCUACGCAUUGUUGGUGAACGCAUCGUCGCUCGCCUGCGAUCCCAGCUGUACCGCAAGACCUUCGUUCAGAACGCCGAAUUCUUCGACGCAAACCGUGUUGGUGAUCUCAUCUCCCGCCUCGGCUCAGAUACGAUCAUCGUUGGAAAGAGUAUUACGCAGAACUUAUCUGAUGGUCUUCGUUCGCUGGUCAGCGGCGCUGCUGGAUUUGCCAUGAUGGGUUACGUCAGUCUCAAGCUUACCGGUAUCCUUGCAUUGAUUGGACCACCUGUUGCUGUAGUUGCCUUCAUCUCCGGUCGAUCGCUGCGAACGUUGAGUCGCAAGAUCCAGAAGAAUCUUGGUACCCUUACAAAGAUCGCCGAAGAACGCCUUGGCAAUGUUAGAACUAGUCAAGCCUUCGUUGGAGAGAUGCAAGAAGCUGCACGCUACAACCGUCAAAUCAAGAGGAUAUUCGCGCUUGGAAAGAAGGAGGCUGUGGUUGCUGCAGGUUUCUACGGCAGUACUGGACUGAUGGGCAACCUGACAAUCAUUGCUAUCCUGUACGUUGGAGGUGGCAUGGUCAAGAACGGAGUCAUCUCAAUCGGUGAACUCUCGUCCUUCCUCAUGUACACCGCCUAUGCUGGUUCGAGCAUGGUAGGCUUGUCUGGCUUCUAUGGCGAGAUGAUGAAGGGUGUUGGUGCCGCCAGCCGUCUCUUCGAACUUCAGGAUCGCGAGCCCACCAUUUCGCCAACGAAGGGCGAGCCUGUGAGGUCUGCACGCGGACCGAUUGAGUUCAAGAACGUCUCUUUUGCCUACCCAACAAGACCAGCAGUCGGCAUCUUCAAAGACAUCAACUUCAAGAUCGAACAGGGCACAAAUGUCGCAAUUGUCGCACCUAGUGGUGCUGGAAAGUCCACAGUUGCAAGUCUGUUGCUGCGCUUCUACGUACCCACUGCAGGAACAAUUACCAUCGAUGGACGCGACAUUACCACACUCAAUGCCAAGCAGCUGAGGAGGAAGAUUGGUUUUGUCGGACAGGAACCUGUGCUGUUCUCCGGAACCAUUGCAGAGAACAUUGCAUAUGGUGCUUCUCAGGCAACCCGUGCUGAGAUCGUGGCAGCAGCCCGCAAGGCCAACUGCCAGUUCAUCAGCGAUUUCCCUGACGGCCUUGAGACCCACGUUGGUGCACGUGGCACGCAGCUCUCUGGUGGUCAGAAGCAGCGUAUCGCUAUUGCACGUGCGCUCAUCAAGAAGCCAGACAUCCUCAUUCUCGAUGAAGCUACCAGUGCACUGGACGCCGAGUCCGAAACCCUUGUCAAUCAGGCCCUUGGCAAACUGCUGGCCGAGAACAAUACCACAAUCAGUAUUGCGCAUCGUUUAUCUACCAUCAAGCGCUCAGACCGCAUCAUCUGCAUCAACUCCGAUGGUCAGGUUGCAGAAGAGGGGACAUACAAGGAGCUUUCUUCUAACCCCGAAGGCGCUUUCAGUAAACUCAUGGAGUGGCAGAUGAGCGGAGGUGAAGUUGAUACCAAGAAAAUCAGGGGCCCUGGUCCUACCGAGGAAGAGGAGAUUGAGCGGGAGCUGGAAAACGAGACAGAAGAGCAGGCGAGCCAGAACAGGAUCGCGAACGCCUACAUAUACACCCAAAUCUCCCUGAUAAACUUCAUAACCUCAAUGUUCAAGACUGCACGACUCACGGCUUCCCUGCUUCGAUCAUCAAGGCCAACCACCCUCACCUCGACAAAAUAUCUUUCCACGACGACAGCCAGAAUGGAUGCAUACAAGAAGGCCGGAAACCGCAAGGAUGAGCCGCCAAAGCACGAGAUGGUGCAUUUCGCGGGACUGCUGAGCAGCAGAAGAGAAUUCGGAGACUUUAGGACGGUGUUGCACACGGGACUUUACAGCCAGAUUGUCGCUAUGGAGGUCCCCGUUGGUGGAGACAUCGGCGACGAGGUGCACACCGUCGACCAAAUCCUCAUGUUCACAUCCGGCCGCGGGCUAGCCACUGUCGCAGGCAAAGACCAAGAAGUCAAAGCCGGCGACGUCGUCGUUGUCCCUGCGGGAACGCAGCACCAGUUCGUUACAAAGGGCGAUGCGCCGCUGGAGCUGAUUACUGUGUACGCACCGGGCGAGCAUUUGCCAACGAGCGUGCAUAAGACCAAGGAGAUUGGGGAUAAGGAGGAGGAGGAUGGCAUUGAUGAGGCGCCUGAGUGGAGCCAGAGGAGUAAGAAGGAGAACGAGGACAAGGGGCUGGUUAAUGAGAGUGGGAAGUACUAG